GGACCAGUGUCUUCCGGGGGUGCCAGGGAGCUCAGGGUGUCUGUCUGCCAGGCCCUGGGCGCCACAGCCCCUACAUCCUCUGCUUUCUGCCCUCCGUCUCUGACUCUCGAGGCGUCCUCUGUGUUUUCAGCAUCACUUCUCUCUCCGCGGUUCCCUGCAUUUCUGACUCUCUGUCUGUCUCCCUUUCUGUCUGCCUGUGACACGUACUGUCCCUGCCCCCAACCCAAGAGUCGACCCCCAGGCAGCCGGCCCCCAGCAGGAAUGGCCAUGAAGACGCUGAUUGUAACACUGAUUCUGGUCGCUGCAGCCCAGACAGAGGAACAGAAUAAGGUGCUGCAUGGUGGACCCUGUGAGCAGACGUCUCACCCCUACCAAGCUGCCCUUUACACCUCAGGCCACUUGCUCUGUGGGGGGGUCCUCAUUCACCCACUGUGGGUCCUCACCGCUGCCCACUGCAAAAAACCGAAUCUUCAGGUCUACCUGGGGAAGCACAACCUUCAGCAAAGGGAGAGUUUCCAGGAGGAGAGCUCUGUUGUCCGGACUGUGGUCCACCCUGGCUACAACGCCGCCAUCCAUGACCAGGACAUCAUGCUGUUGCGCCUGUCACGUCCAGCCAAAUUCUCUGCACACAUACAGCCCCUGUCCCUGGAAAGUGACUGCGCAGCCAACCACACCAGCUGCCACAUCCUAGGCUGGGGCAAGACGGCAGAUGGUGAUUUCCCUAACAUCAUCCAGUGUGCAUACCUCCACCUGGUGCCCCGUGAGGAGUGUGAGCGUGCCUACCCUGGCGAGAUCACCCAGAACAUGGUGUGUGCCGGGGAUGAGAAGCUCGGGAAGGACUCCUGCCAGGGUGAUUCUGGGGGUCCGUUGGUGUGUGGCGACCGUCUCCGAGGCCUUGUGUCAUGGGGUAACGUCCCCUGCGGAUCCAAGGAGAAGCCAGGCGUCUACACCGACGUCUGCAGAUAUGGCCACUGGAUCCGAAAAACCAUUCAGGCCAACUGAUCCUGAGAGGUGACCUGCACUUCUUGACCUUCCCCCACCUGCCCAGACCCGACCCUUAAUGCUUAAUAAAAGCGAUGACACCACAGCACAAGUCCUCCCUGAUUUUGCUCCAGUCCCAUCCUUGCAUCACUAGGAGCGAUGGGAACACCAGCUAAGGUCUCAACCCUGCCACGAAGAGAUACAGGAAAAUCCCUUCCAAGCACCUCUCCCUCCCCAGUUAUUCCACGGGCUCGACUUCUUCCUACAGAGAAGUGGUCCCCAGUCUGGCCGAACCUGAGCUGGGCUCCCAGCUCCCCCACUUGCUUAGCCGUGCAACCGCGGGAGUGCCUUCCUUCAGUGCAUAGAUUUUCUCAUCUCUAAAAUAAGGAUAAUAAUCGUAUAUCCCUCAUAAGGCGGUGGCUACGUUGUUGGGGAGAUUCAAGGCAGUAAACAUGUGAAACACAUACCGCAGUGCCUGGCACACCCGUGUGAACAAUAAAGGGUGAAUUUUAUUAUUA